GUCUGAGAACUCCGCCCUGUCCAUGAUGCUCUACCUCCGUAUUGCUAAAUUUUAGCUUUAUAUUUGAAAUAUUUCCUCCGUGUCCAUCCAGCAUUCCAUCGUGAAAUUUUGAAAAAUGGUAUUGUGAAUAGAAUUGAUUGUGCGAGAGAGAUAAUUGAACACAGGAAUGAGCGGAUAUCUUUAUUGAAUAUUGAUCAAUGCGGUACAAUUUAUAGAUGGGGAAGGGGUGGCAACUAGAGACGCGACGGUUGGGCGUUACCAAGGAGCGCCUAGGAAAGAGGCGUGGUUGCUUUCGGUUGCGAUCCAUCCUUUUAUAUGGAUGAGAUCACCAUGUUGUUUCAUUACAAAUGGUACAUCAGUCCAUCUUGCAAAAAAAAAUAUUGUAUUAUUAACGUACAGAAAAAAAAUCAAAUUUCGGGAACCUUGCAAAAUUUAUUCAAAUUUCAAAGUUUUUCGGCCGAAAUUCCCAUAGAACCGAUAGAUAUAACUCUGCAGACUGCAGUCCAAUCACUUUCCAUAUAUUUUUUCUGUCAUUUUUUUAUAUGAUUUGAAUCAGAAAAAUGAUUCUUUUUUUAAAAAAAAAAGCCAAAAGGGGUCGGAGAAUUAAACUCCGAAUUGAACCCCCAAGGCAGAAGCAUCGGCUUCGUCCUCUCCCCCCGGACGCGCUCCUCCCGUCGCCCAAGAUGGCAUCGCGCGCGCGACGCGAGCUCCACGACGAUGUCGCCGUAGCUAUCUAUAGCCACGAGAGCUCCGCGUCCAUGGAGAAAGAGAGAGAGAGAGAGAGAGAGAGAGAGAGAGAGAGAAUCCGCGCGCGCGAAAGGGAAGGCCUGAUCGGAUUCGAGCUGUGCCGGCGAGGAGAGGAGAUAUGGACGCGAAGCAGAGCGUGGCGGCGGCGAAGCCGUCGCUGGCGAAGAAGACGGCGUCGGCGUCGUUCCGGCUGAGGAACGGCAGCCUGAACGCGGUGCGGCUGCGCCGCGUGUUCGACCUGUUCGACCGCAACGGCGACGGCGAGAUCACCGUGGACGAGCUGGCGCAGGCGCUCGACGCGCUGGGCCUCGUCGCCGACCGCGACGGCCUCGCCGCCACCGUCUCCGCCUACGUCCCCGAGGGCGCCGCGGGCCUCCGCUUCGAGGACUUCGACGCGCUCCACCGCGCGCUCGGCGACGCCCUCUUCGGCUCGCUCGACGGCGCCGCCGCCGCCGGCGAGCCCGGCGGCGGCGGCGGCGACGAGGAGGAGGAGAUGCGGGAGGCGUUCAAGGUGUUCGACGUCGACGGCGACGGGUUCAUCUCGGCGUCGGAGCUCCAGGAGGUGCUCAAGAAGCUCGGCCUCCCGGAGGCCGGCAGCCUCGCCACCGUGCGGGAGAUGAUCUGCAACGUCGACCGCAACAGCGACGGCCGCGUCGACUUCGGCGAGUUCAAGUCCAUGAUGCAGGGCAUCACCGUCUGGGGCCCCUGAUCUCCACCAAUCCCUUCAAACAUCUUUUGAAUUCCAUCCAAAUUUCAACCAAACACGCACGCGCGCAGUCCAAAUUGAAUCAAACUGAACAUCACUAGGUUAACUCAAUAUAUUUAUCUCAUGCAAUUACAUCACUGUAUGUACAUGUGACAAAGCAGGGCCUGAGCUUUGUUGCUAUGGCCUGUUUUGUGUUUAAAAAAAUUUUAAAUUCUACUCGAACAGGAUUCUUUUCAAGUGUUUCUACGGUAAUUGAACGGUUGCAUGCAAAUGAUGUAAUGUUAUGUCAAAUUUCGGUGAUUCUAGCAUUUAAUUCCUUUUUUUCAA